AUGUAUCCCGAUCUCCCAGGCGGAGAAGCCGUUCAAGAUCUCCUCGCUAUUCUCGAUCUCCAAGACGAAGCCGCAGCCGUAGUCCAAGUAGGAGCCGAAGCCGUAGUGGAAGUCGAACGAGCGGACGUGCAAGAUCUCGAUCUCCAAGACGUAGGACCCGAAGUGCUUCUCCUAAACAUUCGCCACAGAAUCGUCAGCGUCGUAGUGUUGAAAGAAGCGCUAGCCGAGGCCAUUCCAGCAGUCCGUCAAAAUCCAGAUCUGGAUCACCUUCUACUCACAACGAGAAGUCCGCUGGUUUUCUGUGAGGAAAAACUUAUAAGGAUUGAGUUCGAGACUCUCGAGCCGUUUUCCGGAAAAGUAUUUGUCAAAGGAGAGUAUCACAAUCAGCAUUGUAGUCAGACGUAUGCAAACGGUAGAAGACAUGAAGAUCAUACUACUGAGAAUGAAGUACUGUCCAACACGGAAGUUAGAAUUCUCGUUGAUCCGAUAGAACAUAGCGUUGGCAAGAAGCCCGAAAUGUCAGCCUUGGAUCAGAGGGAAAACUCAACAACCUACAACAUCGCCAUUCAAAAAAAUUCGAACCUCAGUUCGAACUGGACUGGAACAGGCGGUUCAACUACCCAUAGUAAACAGAAUCGUAUGCCUUAUCCUUCGGCCUUCGGAGGCAUUCAAACCGAAGUUCGUCGGCAAGGAGAAAUGAACGAGCGAACUCGUGAUCGUUCGCCAAUUACGGUCUUCCAGAAAUCGCCAAGUAUGGAAAAUGUCCGAGGAAAUAGUGAACAGUUCUCAAGUGCUCCGGUCUGUCCACCUUGUUCUUGCGAUUCACAGGAUAUCCGAAGCCGACGGAACACAAAUCAGCUCACGUUCACAGUUCCUCUCGGAGAUUGCAAUGCUAAAAGAGAACGAAUACUCGUGCCUCCUUCCUUGAUAACGUCUUUUGUAAUCAUUGUUAGUUUCCAUGAAAGCUUUAUUACAAAGUUGGAUAGAGCAUAUCAUAUACAAUGUGCCUACACGGAAUCUUCUCGGCCUGUGAUAGCCGACUUGAACGUUAGUAUGUCCGUUCCUUCAUCCAUCAACUCAACUGUGAAACCACCCAAAUGUGACUAUAGUAUCAUAGAUGGGACUGGCCGGAAUGCUCAAGAUGUUAGAGUUGGAGACUUAGUUAAACAUCAAUGGAAAUGUGAUACGACGGAGCCAGGACAAUACAAAAUGCUCGUGCACGAUUGCUAUGUGGAAAGCGGAAUGAAUGAGAAACAAAAACUAAUUGAUGAUCAUGGUUGUACUCUGGAUAAAUAUACUUUUUCUACACCGACGUACUCAGACAACUUAACUGUUACUGUGGACUCAUAUAUAUUCAAGUUCCCGGACAAGAGUGCAAUGGAAUUUCGGUGCGCGAUCAAACUGUGCACCGUUCAUGAUUUGGAUUGUGUGAUACAUAAACCUGAGGAAUGCGACCAACAGAAUCGUAAACGUCGCAGCUCUGCUAGUGAGCAAGACGAUUAUGCAGUUCUGUAUUCAAAUAGCUUAACAGUACUGGAUAAGGGGAAUAUGGAUGAGGCCAGUACAUCUUCCGAAGGAAAACGUCAGAGCAUGGCGUUGGAAGAACAGAGCUUUCUCAACAGCUUCAACAUGCCUGUUUUUUCUCUCUCUGACCAUUUGGAUUCUUCAGAAAACAUUUUUCUCAAGCUGCCUCAUAUUUUCAAGCCAUUACAAACCCUGAACGCUAUUAUACUAGCUAUUUGCGUUGGAUCCACAGCAGGCUCUGAGAAUGGGAUACUAUGGUUCAUUAUAAUUAGCUCACUAUUGGUGUCAGCUGCAGCUACCGUUAUUUUCGCUAUGAAUCAGCAAGACAAUAUAACAGAGAGUUUAACGAAUGGAACAGUCACUUGGAAUAUUUUGGAGCUUGCUUAUUCUUUCAUCCUAACUGUUCUUUGUGUUAUAAGCAUUUGGCUCUCUUUUGGAUUCGCAAAUCGACAUUUAGGAGGAACAUCUGCCGGCUACAUCGCUUCAGGACUAUUUUCUAUAAUACAUGCUGUUUUAUAUGGGAUUCCUUGUUAUUUAAUUUAUGGAGAAGUUCACAAUAACUCGAACAAUAACAGAUUCGACAGAGAUGUGACUGUUGAAUCAGUUCAUCCUAUCCGAAACUACUCCUACCAAGAUGCUUGA